AAAGACACAGAGAAGAUGUAUGCUAUGAAGUACAUGAAUAAGCAACAGUGCAUUGAAAGAGAUGAAGUUCGGAAUGUCUUCAGAGAGCUAGAGAUUCUGCAAGAAAUCGAGCAUGUCUUCCUGGUGAAUCUUUGGUACUCCUUCCAAGAUGAAGAAGACAUGUUCAUGGUGGUGGAUCUGCUCUUGGGUGGUGACUUACGUUAUCAUCUUCAACAGAAUGUGCAGUUUACAGAAGAAACAGUUAAACUAUACAUCUGUGAAAUGGCAUCAGCUUUGGACUAUUUGCGCAGUCAGCGUAUUAUACACAGAGAUGUGAAACCAGACAACAUUCUCCUUGAUGAACAAGGCCAUGCCCACCUCACCGAUUUUAACAUUGCAACCAUCGUCAGAGAUGGAGAAAGAGCCACUGCUCUAGCUGGGACGAAGCCUUACAUGGCUCCGGAGAUCUUUCAUUCCUUUCUGAAUGGAGGAUCAGGCUACUCCUUUGAAGUUGAUUGGUGGUCUCUAGGAGUGAUCGCAUAUGAGCUUCUGCGUGGAUGGAGGCCUUAUGACAUCCAUUCCAAUAGUCCUGUGGAAUCGCUAGUUCAGCUGUUCAGCACCGUGAGCGUCCAGUAUACAACAGCUUGGUCAAAAGACAUGGUGGCAUUAUUAAGAAAGCUUUUGACAGUCAAUCCUGAGCAUCGUUUUUCCAGUCUAGCCAACAUCCGGACUUCCUCCUACUUCUCUAACGUGGACUGGGAAGAAAUUUGGGAGAAGAAAGUAGAGCCUGGCUUCGUUCCCAACAAAGGCCGCCUGCACUGUGACCCCACUUUUGAGCUGGAGGAGAUGAUUCUGGAGUCGCGGCCGCUGCACAAGAAGAAGAAGAGGCUGGCCAAGAACAAAUCCAGGGACAACAGCAAGGACGGAUCGCAGUCCGAAAAUGAUUACUUGCAGGAAUGCCUUGAAGCAAUUCAGCAAGAUUUUGUCAUUUUUAACAGAGAAAAGUUGAAGAAGAACCCGGAUCAGAUGAACGAGCCUCUCUCUCCUCCUGAAACCACCGAUGACACAGAGACUGAAACAGAAUCUGAACAUUCCAACGUGAACAUGUGCAGCUCCGUAUGUUCCUCUACAGGAAGCAGCUAGGGACGGUGGGGCAAAGGGGCCGGAAGCUGCUGUGCCUCUCACGUAAAACAUUCUCAGGUUGCAGACAUCAGUACAGCGGGCACUUUUGUGG